CCCGUCGCUCCGGUAACGGUGGGGAAGCGCUGGCGCUGUUAAAGCGCACGGCGCAGGCGUGUGGUGGGGUGGGUCCGGUGUGGGGUAGAUGGCGCAUUACAAGGCCGCGGACUCCAAGCGGGAGCAGUUCCGCCAGUACUUGGAGAAGUCGGGGGUACUGGACGUGCUCACCAAAGUGUUGGUAGCCUUAUAUGAAGAGCCAGAGAAACCAAAUAGUGCACUGGACUUUCUGAAGCAUCAUCUGGGAGCUUCAGCUCCUGAGAAUCCAGAAUUAGAGGCACUUCGCUUGGAACUGGCAGAGAUGAAACAAAAAUAUGAAGCUGUGCUGGAAGAAAACAAAACCCUGAAAAGCAAGCUGGCUCAGUAUGAACCACCUCAAGAUGAGAAGCAUGGUGAAUAACAGUAGUUUCUCCUUCAAUGCCUUGACUAAAUAAAGGGCUUCCUGAGAA